AUGAAAUUUUCAGGCAUUCUUUUUCUUGUUGCCAUCUCCACGAUGUUGGCAGUGAGUGAUGGCAUUAAGACCGUGGUAUUCCCCACAAAGACAUGUACCGAUUAUGUUGAGUUGAACCCUCUGAAAUCUCUGAACUUGGCGGCAUUCACUCUGUGCAUGCGUGUCGCCACAGAGCUCAGUGGGCACCGUGAGGUCAUUCUCUUUGCAUAUCGGACAACAAACGCUGAUGAGCUGAAUGUGUGGCGUGAACUGGACGGCAGAUUGUCCCUGUACCUUAGAACAUCGGCAGGUUCAGAAGCUGUUCACUUCCAAGUCCCUCAGCUUGGUGCGCUUGAGACCCACCUUUGUGUCACCUGGGAUUCCAGUUCAGGUGCUACUGCCCUCUUCCUGGACGGGAGGAAAAGCCUGACUAAAAUCUACAAGAAGGGUCACAGAGUGCAGUCUGGAGGCAGGGUUAUCCUCGGACAAGAUCUGGACAGUUAUAGGGGUUCUUUUGAUGCCAAACAGAGUUUUGUCGGGGAGAUCAGUGAUGUUAAUAUGUGGGACUCUGUUCUCCCAGACAGCACCAUCCAAGACAUGUCCUCUGGGAAGAGAGUACCAAGAGGAAACGUUUUUGACUGGGAAGCUACACGGCUUGAAAUUCAUGGGGGGGCAAAGGUCCUUAAUCGUGAACUGUAGCUAUAAUGGUCACAUAUGACAUGCUGGAAUAAUAUAGGCAGCGUCAUAAUGUAAAGUAAGGCCAUAUCAAGCUCUGGAAGUCAAUGUAGACACAUUAAACCUGCAUGAAAUAUAAUCAGAAGAUGAUUUGUUGAUCAAAAUGAAAGUCUGUGCACUCGUGUCAGUGUCAUUAAUGAUCAUUUCUUACCACAAA